UAGGCGUCAUCAUGGUGCGUAGGCAGUAGCGUUUUUGAGGAAGAAGCGAGAGUUUGUUUUGAAUCGAUAGUAACAUGGGCAUCGCUUUUCGUUAUUAUGGUAAUUCGCGCGUCUAGGAGUGGCAUCGUCCCACGAAUUCGCGAUGAUGGAGCAAAGCGACAGCGGUGAACGUCGAGCGACGAAUUAAUCGAGCAGGACUUUGUGCGCGGUGUGUGUGUUACACGAUGUCGCGGAGCUCGGAGAAGCUUCGCUUUGUACGCCGAGUCUUCGAGUGGAAGAAGAGGAAUAGUGGUGCGAUUCUGCUCGUGGUGUGCCUGUUUGCGCUGACCACGUCGUUGCCAAUCGCUUAUGCGAAUACCGAGCAGAUCCAUGUCCCAACGGGCAUGAAUCGUUGUCCAGUCGAGUGCGCUUGUCUCGGCAAUUUGGUCUCCUGUAGCGACCUGCAGUUGAUCGAGGUACCGAGUGGGCUGCCUCCGUGGACAGAGAUUCUAGAAUUGAUGGGUAAUAAUAUUGCAAACUUAGAAUUUGACUCAUUACUUCAUUUAACAAAACUCAAAAAACUAGAUGUAAGUGCUAAUAAACUCAGAGAUAAUUUUACUAUUGUCUUGUCAAACGUUGCACAAUUACGCGAGCUUAAAGUGAAUAAAAAUCACUUGACACAAGUGCCAGAUCUUGUAUUUGUUAAGAAUAUUACUCAUCUCACACUGUCUCAUAACUUAAUUUCCAAUAUAAAUGGAACUGCAUUGCUCAGUUUGCCACAGCUUCAAUCUCUGGAUCUCAGUGGGAAUAAAAUAAGUGUCCUUAAAAAAAGGUCCUUCCUUGCUCCUAACGAGCUUACACAUUUAAAUUUAAAUGGAAAUCACUUAAAUGUUAUUGAAAAUGGAAGUUUGGAUAAUCUAACUUUGCUGGAGGAACUUCGUUUGAAUAAAAACAAUUUGACACAACUGAAAGAUCUAUUUAUGAAUCAGAAAAAAUUACGAAUACUAGAGGUGAACAGAAAUAAUCUGCAGCAAAUUCACGGAUUAAGUCUGAAAAGUUUACAAAGCUUGAAACAGUUACACUUAAAGAGGAAUAGAAUUAACACGCUGGAUGACGGAGCUUUUUGGCCACUUAAAGAUUUAGAACUAUUAGAGCUCGAUUUUAAUAUGCUGACCACUAUAAAGAAGGGUGGUUUGUUCGGCUUAGAAAAUCUGCAAAAGUUUACCUUGUCGCACAAUAAGAUUUCGACGAUCGAGCCUCAGGCGUGGGAUAUAUGCAAAGAAAUAACAGAGAUAGAUUUGUCGCAUAAUGACUUGACCUCUAUAGAACGGGGCUCAUUCGAAUAUCUCACGAAGCUGGAAAUACUUAAACUGGAUCAUAACCAGAUCGCAUACAUCUCGGACGGAGCGUUCAAUUUUACACCAAAUCUUCGUGUCCUGGAACUUAAUUUCAAUAAGAUAUCCUACAUGGUAGAGGAUAUCAGCGGUGUGUUUUCACCGCUCAGUCAGUUGUCGAAAUUGGGUCUGGCGCACAACAAGAUGAAAUCUCUAAAUCAGAACGCCUUUGCCGGCUUGAGUCGCGUCACCGAGCUCGACUUGAUCGGAAAUAAUGUUACGUCCAUUCAGGAAAAUGCGUUUCUGCCGAUGACCAGCCUGAUCAAACUUAAGAUAAACACAUGGAACUUGGUUUGCGAUUGCGGACUUCAAUGGCUGAGCAUGUGGUUGCGAGAACAUCGUUACAAUGAAGCUGAGCUGUACUGCGGUUAUCCGCAAUGGUUGCAGGGCAUGUCAUUGAUGCAUUUGCAUCAUGCGAACUUCACUUGUAACGAAUAUCCAAAACCACUGAUCAUCGAAGAACCGAAGGGUCAAUUAAGCACUAAAGGUGGCAACGUGACGCUGGUGUGUCGCGCGACCAGCACCGCUGACGCACCGCUUUAUUUCACGUGGAAACAUGACAAUGUGGAGUUAAUUGAUGCGAAUCUGCAGACCAGCUCCGGGUCUACCGAGGACGGAGCAACCGAGGCUACAUCUUUUUUACACCUUAUUAACGUCACUUAUGCUGAUGCGGGAAAGUAUCAAUGUACGGUAGCAAAUAAUUAUGGAACUACGUAUUCGUCCAAAGCCAAACUAAGUGUGUUGGUUUAUCCGACAUUCUCUAAAAUUCCGCACGAUAUACGAGUGCAUGCCGGGAGUACCGCUCGUUUGGAAUGCUCUGCCGACGGACACCCGUCUCCUCAAAUAGCUUGGCAAAAGGAUGGUGGAAAUGAUUUUCCGGCCGCGAGAGAAAGGAGGAUGCAUAUGAUGCCGACGGACGACGUGCUCUUUAUUAUAAACGUGAAAAUGGCCGACAGCGGAAUUUAUUCUUGCACCGCGCAAAACAUGGCUGGUCUUAUCAUUGCAAACGCUACGCUCACCGUUUUGGAAAUACCAUCCUUCGUAAAACCUAUGGAGAACAAGGAAAUAAUGGUGGGCGGCUCGAUCGUGCUCGAAUGUAUGGCCAACGGUGCCCCACGCCCGAAAUUAUCGUGGCGAAAGAACGGCAGCCCGUUGGAGCCAACUGAACGGCACUUUUUCACCGCCGAGAAUCAACUGUUGAUUAUCGUCAACACGAUCGCGAGUGACGCCGGCAGUUACGAGUGCGAGAUGAGCAAUUCGUUGGGUAGCGUCGUCGGCGCGUCGUAUCUCACAGUUAAUCCAGCCUCGACUUCCGUACUGAACGACUCCGAAAUACUAGGCGUGAUAAUAAUAACCGUCGUGUGUUGCGCCAUUAUUACUUCCGUGAUCUGGGUGGUCGUAAUUUACAAGACCAGACGGCGCCUGAAUUCCGCUCAAGACACUGCCGUCGCGCAACCGGCGACGACCGUUAUACUGACCGUUCCGGACGCACAAACGCAAUUGUAUUUGGACACGAGCUCGCAGCAUAGCAAAGACAGCGGGACCGGAGACAGCACUAAUCCCAGUAACGAUCAGCUGCAAAUGUGCUUGCCCGAGGAGAUCGUGACUAGCUCUGCCACCGAGCACAACGAAGAAGAAUUGGGAACGAUAAGCGUUGGCGAUCCUCUCUUGCGCUACACGAAUCACGAGCGGCAUGCGAGCGAGAACGCCGACAGCAUGGUUUGAAGCGGGAAGAAGUGCGAGCAAGGGGAUCACCGCGUGCAACAUUUCUGCAAUUGGUAAAAAGUUUUUUUUUGCGAGAAGAAAUGUAUUUGUGAACGUGGUGUUGAGAUUUUCAACAAGAGAUAAAUAUUCUGUCAAGUCGUGUGAAUUGACGAGCCGUAGUAUUAUAAGAUACAAGGAUUUUUCACAGUUCCACUGUCUCAAAGUGACCUAUUUAGAAGUGAACGUUGAUCCGCGCGACAGUGCGUAACGAGAUAUUCGGAGUAUCCGAUGCUACUGACGGAUCAGUGAGUCACGGUACAAGUACAACAGGAACGAUAGCGAAACAUUUACGUGUCAUCGUCUCAUCGUAUUUAUUACUGACGCAACUCUCGUUAAGCCGACAUAGGGAAUCGAGCGAUACGAAUUGUAAAUAGUUAGACUAAGUUAACUAGUAUUAUCACACUGUGCGCGUCGCACGUCAGGUGUUUUCAGAAAACACGAUGCCUGAUACAAUUCUUUUUAAGAAACAAUAUAAUCUACUGUGAGUUUCAUAGCCACUGCGACAUGCGCGAGGACAUUUAUUAUAAAUUUAUUAUAAACUGCAAAAAUCCAUAUAUAUAUCUUAGACCAGCCUUUUGUGAUAGAUAUUUAUUCUAGACUUAUGGCGUAAAAAUAGGCGGCUAUUUAUAAUACGCAGAAAAGGAAAUGUCAUUUUAUUCUGGAAAGGCGAUCAUCAACGGGUUGGAUGUAUAUCCGCGCACCAAAGCGUCGACUUUAGGUAUCCUGUGCCUCCUCUUUUUAUUUCUUAUUCAUAGUCGGACGCGACAGCGAACGGUAUAUCCUGGAUUAAUUUUAAUUCGUUCAUUGAUCAAACUAUUGCUCACUACUAAUAGAUACAAUGUGUUUUUUAGGUAUAGAAGAUUAUUAUAGCUUUCGUAGGCAUUUUUGUUAGUAUUAAUAACUACUAAGUUUAAACGCAUACGACAUGAGACUCUACAAAUAAUCUUCCAAUCUUAUCGUGUAUAGUUGUUUUCAGGGUUUUGAGUAUUUAUCGAGAUAUCGCAAUCCUUUAUUGAAUAUUAUCAAAGGUGUAAGAAUUUAUUUCUGUUUUCCCUUGUGAUUUUAUGUUUGCAUACAUUUUAUCGGACUUUACAUAAUUAAGAUGAGUUUAGAGAUUAUAUUGGAGCCCCUGUUUUAUAAUAUUGCAAUUUUGUACAACAACAGACUUCGCAACUACAUCUUGUUUUCUAUAAUAUAUCGGAAGAGAAAUUUAUAAACAAUGCACAAUUUGUAAAAAAAAUUUUUAAUUAAUUUAAUUAACACAAAAAGGUUAAAGAGAAGCAAAAUAGCCAAUAGUAAAAUUGCAAAUUUGAAAAAAACUGCAUUAUCAAUUGAAAAUAAAUAUGAAAAAAAUAUAAAAAUAAGGACAAAUAAUAGUAUUCAAUGAAAAAUGACAUACAUUUCCAUCAGCUCUGAUUGGAUUCACAUGCGGCGAGAAGACAUUCUUAUGGAGAAGUCAUUAGGCCUUGAAUUAUAUUCUUUAAUUAAAUUAAAAAAUUUUCUUUUUAGAUUUGCAUUGUUUAUAAAUUUAAAAAAAUUUUACAAUGUGCAAAUAUUUAUACGCACACAUCAUUCUACUUCGUUAUUCAGAAUCAAAUACAUUUGGCUAUCGAUGCGUCAUUACGGGAUAAAAUUAUGACUAUAACACUUAGAGAUUAGAUUAAUAGCUUUCUCGUAGUAUAUUCGUGACAAUUUUAAUUAUACGAUCUCUCGAUUUUAAUUCGACGUUUUGAAUUUAGAAGUAAUUGAUUCUAAGGAUACUUUUUCUAAAAUAAGAAAAGGGUGAAACGAUAUUCUCUCGUUUCAUAAGAAAGUUCGAACAAUAAUGCGCAAGUAAUUAUGAAAGUAUAAAUUUAAAUCAAAGUCUUUAUAAUAUACCAGGCAGUUAUUAUUGGGAGUAAAUCUUGCGAUAUAUAACCUAUAUAUAUUUUUCUAUGACUUUAUUGGAAAAAAAAAUUGAAUGACAUUAAAAUUCUCGAGAAAAGAGCCAGUACUACUAUUACUUAAUUAGCUGCAGUCACACGCGCGGCUCCUUCCAUGAGUUACGACUCGGAUAUAAACAUUGCGUGCGGUCUAAACAUUGUCUGAUGUGCGGAAAGUAUGAUGUGCUCAUUAUGAGUAAAAUUCAAGUAUUGUGUAAAGUAAAAAUAUAAUAUUCCACUUAUUUGUGUAACUCGUGCGUACUCAUAAUGUAUAUGUUCAAGCGAUGCGAGAAUAGUUAUGAAUGAAUCAGAAAAGAAAAAACAAGCAUACGUUUUAUUAAUAGUCUGUGUAGAGUUUUUUCCUUGCUAGUAACGAGUAUUAUAAAUUAUAUAGUCAACGAAUAGAUGCUCUAUUGCGACAUGGUUUUCUGGCUUUUGCGCCCGUGUGAUACACCAAAUAAGGCAUCUGUUUCUUAUUCAGUAUUUUCCUUGUUGUUAUAUAGUAUUGUGUACAAAAAAAAAAAAUACAAAUAAUCGCCUACAAUGUA